ACAUGUGAAUCGAUCCACCUGGCCGAGUCGACAUUGGUAUCGUCGAGGGAGUGUCACAUAGUCCAUGUAGUAACUUGUCACAUAGUGUUUGUUAGUGGCUGCCAGCACAAGUCGCCUUCAUUCCAAGCCUAAAGCGUUUAUAGCAGGACAUGGCGGCCCAGUGUGUGAGCAAGGUGGAGCUGACAGUGUCCUGUGAUCAUCUCCUGGACAAGGACUUUGGAUCCAAGUCAGAUCCUCUGUGUGUGUUGUCCAUGAACACCUCAGACUCACGCUGGUUUGAGGUAGAACGCACAGAAAAGGUCCAGAAUUGCCUCUGCCCGAAGUUUGCCAAAAAGUUUGUUAUUGACUACUACUUUGAGAUGGUGCAGAAUUUGAAAUUUGGAAUUUAUGACAUUGAUAAUAAGACCAUUGAUCUCAGCGAUGACGACUUUUUAGGAGAGCUGGAGUGCACCUUGGGCCAGGUGGUGUCCAGCAGACAACUGACUCGCCCGCUGGUCCUGAAGAACAAGACCCCUGCAGGAAAAGGGACCAUUACAGUCACUGCUGAAGAGAUCAAAGACAACAGGGUGGCCAACUUUGAGGUGGAGGCCAGGAAACUGGAUAACAAGGAUUUUUUCGGGAAGUCUGACCCGUAUCUGGAGUUCUACAAGCAGACCCAGACUGGAUGGCAACUGGCUCACAGGACCGAGGUGGUCAAGAACAACUUGAACCCCACAUGGAGACCCUUCAGAAUCCCCCUGCAGUCUCUCUGCGCAGGAGACAUGGACAAACCAAUAAAAGUGGACUGUUUUGACUACGACGACGAUGGCUCUCAUGAUCUCAUUGGCACCUUUCAGACCACCAUGACACGCCUUCAGGAAGCAUCACGCACCUCUCCGGCAGAGUUUGAGUGUAUCAACAGUAAAAAGAAACAGAAGAAGAAAAGCUACAAGAACUCAGGUGUUGUGAGCGUGAAACAAUGUCAGGUGGUCAAGGAGUACACAUUCCUGGAUUACAUUAUGGGCGGCUGUCAACUCAACUUCACUGUUGCAGUCGACUUCACCGGCUCUAAUGGUGACCCAAGGUCACCCCAGUCUCUGCAUUACAUCAGUCCACAGGGGGUCAACGAGUACCUGUCUGCUAUCUGGUCAGUCGGCAACGUCAUCCAGGACUAUGACAGUGACAAGAUGUUUCCUGCCUUUGGCUUCGGUGCACAGAUCCCCCCAACAUGGCAGGUCUCCCAUGAAUUCCCACUCAAUUUCAACGCCUCCAAUCCAUUCUGUGCAGGUGUAGAAGGUAUCGUGGAGGCCUACAGGGUUUGUCUGCCCCAGGUCAAACUUUACGGCCCCACCAACUUCUCCCCAAUCAUCAACCAUGCUGCAUGUUUUGCAAAGCAGGCCUUGCAGCAGAACACUGCAUCACAAUACUUUGUGCUGCUCAUCAUCACUGACGGAGUCAUCACAGACAUGGACGACACUCGCAACGCCAUCGUCAACGCCUCGCGUCUGCCCAUGUCCAUCAUCAUCGUGGGAGUGGGCGGAGCCGACUUCAGCGCCAUGGAGUUCCUGGAUGGAGACGACGGGCGUCUUCGCUCCAUGACAGGCGAGGCGGCCAUGCGGGACAUCGUCCAGUUCGUACCAUUCAGGAACUUUCAGAACGCCCCCAGCCAGGCUCUUUCACAAAGUGUUCUGGCAGAGUUACCUCAACAAGUGGCGUCCUUCUUUGGACUGCUCAAACUCAAGCCCCCCCGCCAGCCAUAGGGGCACCAAAGGAGGCGCUGGCCAAGAGUGUGUUGGCUGAAGUCCCAGGUCAGCUGGUGGAGUUCUGCACCGCCAUGAAGCAGAGUCCACCCAUCACCAAACCUGCAGGUACCAUCUGAUGCAACAACAAAGCUGUCCUCUCCUUAAAUCCACUUCAUCUCAAUCAUUAACACAUCGACCAAUUUACUGCUGCCACGCUUUAUUGACAAGAUAUUUUAGCUUUGCAUCGUACAACCACCAGUAUUUACCACGCUGCUCUCUUUUAAUUCCAACUUGUUUUAUUACAUUUAUACAUGAGUGUUUUAUGUAUACAAAGGUGUGUGAUACGACAUCCACAAUGCUGUUUUUGUCAUACAGGUGAAACUCCAAAAAUGUGAAUACAGGUAAAAGCCAGUAAAUUAGAAUAUUUUGAAAAACUUGAUUUAUUUCAGUAAU